AUGAAAUUUCGAACUGUACCAGACCAUCUUCAAUGCAUGAGAACAUUACACAAUUCAUGGAAUGCAUCCAUUGGUGAUAAAACAAACAAGAAGCACAAAAGUACUCCGUUAAGUGGUUUCACCAUGUUUUUCUUCAUGGAUGGUCGUAAGAAUCUACUUGAGAAGCUCAAGCAUCAUGCAUGCGCUUUUACAUUUUUGGAACGUCUUUACAUUUCUCCAAAAAUUUAA